CCCGCUUUCUCGCUUUUCUCCCUUGAGCCACUACUGCUUCGGCAACAUCAUACCUGCUUCAAUCACUAUUCCCCCAACCCAACACUACUGAACAUGACUGCCGUCCAAGACUUUUUUACUGUCUGCUUGUCGCUGCUAUUUCCCUGGCAGUUCUUGGGAAUUGCUAUAUCGUACCUUCCUGGGGCCAUCAAGCAUUUGGUGCAGACUGAGCCGCUCCAAAACAUCUCCUUUUCUCGUAUUCAAGACGUCUGGUUCAAUGCAUUUUGGGCUCGGGCUGGUGCGAAUAUCCGAGUCGGGAACGGGCCGCGCAUUACAGCGCUUCUGGAAGGUCGUAUAAGCCAGGCUCAGGUGGUGGAUAAGCCUGUGGUAUCCCCGGUCAGUGGCGUUAUUUUGGACAUCGGGCCCGGGCCCGGCUUCUGGGUUGACCUCUACGCCAAAAGCAACACGGGUGAUUUGAAAGUGUACGGGGUCGAGCCGAACACGACAGCACAUCCAGGGCUGCGAAUGCGUGCUCACCAAGCAGGUCUCGACGGCGUCUACAAUAUUAUCCCAGCUGGAAUACAGGACAUUUCGAACGUCGAAGUGACUGAGAUUGACGGCAGUAUCAGCAAAAUCGAAAAGGGAAGCGUGGAUUGCAUAGUGACCCUUCUUUGCCUGUGCGGCAUUCCCGAGCCCGAAGAAAAUAUUGCCGAACUUUACCAAUACCUGAAGAAAGGCGGCAGGUGGUACAUUUUCGAACAUGUGAAGACGAACAAGAAUUACUUUAUGCGUUUCUAUCAAGCGUUCGUCAACUUGUUUUGGCCGCAUAUCAUAGGGGGAUGUGAGCUGUGCAGAGAUACAAAAAAGAGCCUUUUGCAAGCGGGCGCCUGGGAGAGAGUUGACCUCGUGCAGCCUCCAGAAGAGACCUGGUACGCGACGGUUCCUCAUGUGUUCGGAACUCUCACCAAGUGAUCCUAUUUUACGCUGAAUUUCCAGGGGCGGCGAUCCGUUUUCAGUCUCUGUUUUUGCGAGAGGGAUUUGGAGUCUGAUAGUGCGGUUGUAGUUGUGGUUGUGGUUGACCAGUGAGGUUCAAGCUCACUAGUGCACGCUCGCUUAACAAUCGUGACGUUGCUCGGUGUCCGACCAGGUCCGUUCUGUGCAAUACGUCUUCAGCACAACGGCAGGCGUCUUACUUAAACACCGUCAAAUAUCUAAUCAAAGCCAACAUAAAAGCGUGUUCUACAAUCUUCCUCCUCGUUCAUUCUACUGUCCCUCUAUCUUCCACCCACCACAUUAUCCAUUCCGCCUUGGAUCAUAC